AGCAGUGAAUUAGUGGUGUAAGACCUGCAGAGAGUAACAAUAUUUUCACACUUGUCUACCAAUGGAACCCUUACAUUUUCCUAUAAAUACCCAUCUCUGUAUUCAGGUUUUCAUUACCAAAGCUAAUCAAGCAUCUAUCAUCUAACAUUUACCUCUUUACUUGUGUGUGUUUUUUCUCUCAUCCAUAACCAAAAUGAACCAAUCCCAGGAUUUGAGCCACCAAGCUGGCCAGAAAAUGGGCCAAGCUCAGGAGAAGACUAGUCAGAUGGCUGACAUGGCUAGGGAAACUGCACAAUCUGCUAUGGAUUCAAUUCAACAAGCUGGGCAGCAGAUGCAGGCCAAAGCACAAGGCGCAACAGAUGCCAUAAAGGAUACAAUGGGGAUGAACAAAUGAAACUACUGCUGCUUGAUCCCAGACACCUCUCCGGCACCUACAAUAUUCAUUUUGUGAGCUUUAGUUUUAUUUUUUGGCAACAUUUUCUUAAAUUUGCUCAUAUGUUCUUGAGCUACAAUUCCCAGUUUCAAUAAUUUCUACAAGUUUUAUUUUUAGCCAUUUGUACAAUAAAAUUUGGGUUGUAAUAAUAGUGCCAAUUACUUAAAGUGUGUACUGUGAAGAGAUAAUGGGAAAGUUUCAUUUAUCUUAUUCAUGUUUCAAGAAGAAUUAAUAAUACAAAUGUUCAUUUGUUUCUCUUAA